AUGCCGGCAUGCGCGCCAGAGUACGGCCGCCUCGCGCGGUCACAUACCGAGCUCGUGUUCGCCCCCCGCGUCAAGCGAUGUGCCCACCAGCCGCCGCCGUUCACCACCCUCCGACGCUCUUUCUCAUCCACCUUCUCCCUUAUACCGGAGGAGCGAGCCGUGCCCCCUGAACGACCCGCCCAGCUGCCGAGACUCAUACGAAUCGUCACCUGGCUCCCACGCCAGUGCCUGCGCCCACUCUUCGCUCUCAUAUCUCUUAUCGCCCACCCUGCCUGGAAGCAGAUCCUGGUUGUCCUGCCCACGCUGUGGAUCGCCGCGUCGCUGUUCAUCUUCUGGAAGUGUAUUCAGUGCCCCAUCGGCGUUCUCAAAAUGAUCGGACGCGCACUCUCCAAGGACCCGAGGAAGCCGCGCACCGUACUCAUCAGCGGCGGCAGCUCGAUACAGGCGCUGCACCUGGCGAGGAACUUCCACUCGGCCGGGGCGAGGGUCAUCGCUUUCGAGAUCGAGGGACAGUUCGCCCUGUUGAAAUAUUCGGCGGCCGUGAACAGGUUUUAUACGGUGCCCCGGCCGAACCCCGCGGACCCGCUGGCUUACGCGCGCACCGUCAAAGAAAUCGUCGAAAGGGAAUCUGUGGUGUUCUACAUACCCGUGAGCUCGACGACGCCUGCGUACUACGACGCCUUGGCUAAACCGCACCUAGAAACCAUAGGUUGUCAGUGCUUCGUACCGAGCGCCCGCGACGUUGUCGUUCUGGACGAUCCUUUGGAGUUGAUUAGAGUAAGCCGAGCUGCUGGUCUAUCUACCCCUCAAUUCUGGGUCGUGACCAGCGAGGACGACGUCCGAGCUUGGUACGAGAGCGGCGCCUCGAAGGAGGGCAGGCAUUUCAUUGCGAGCGGCGGUGCCCGGGGCGCCAGGGAUAGGCUGCGUUUCGUCAUGCCAGAAGAAAAGACCCACUUCAGGCUUCCACGUGAAAUUAGCUCCGAGAAACCGUGGGUUAUCGUAAGAGAGCCCAAGGGGGAGAAGAUUAUAACGUGUACCACUUUAAAGGAGUCUCGUGCGGUCAAUAAUGUGACCUGCCGCAUUGACUCGUCUAAGAGAGGAUUGGUCCCACAGAAGGAUGAGGAAGCCGACGCGUGGGUGCAGAGAUUCGUAUCACGACUGUCACCCUCCAGGCCGAUGACCGGGCACGUGUCUUUCAGGCUGGUACGCGAGGAGAAUGUAGCUAAUGGUCAGGGAAAUAGACUGGUUGCCAUCGGGGCAAGGGUUGGUGUAUCGCUGCCGUAUUUAUGUCAGGGUCAACCUCGAUGCGGCCACAGCGCGACCGUGGGGAAGCUCCUGAAUACAAUGCUGGACACUCGUGAGGCUCUGUUCACGUACUGGGACCCGUUGCCUUACUGCGCGUACUAUCAAUCGCGUUUGCCCGAGGAAAGCCGGCCGCCACCACCUUGCAAGACGCCGCCUAACGUGCCUCUA